GAUGUCAGUGUUGUCUCACGUUUCUCUGACUGCAACAAGUGAGAAGAAGAAGUGUCACGUUGCGGCGAAAACAAGUCUCACUGCAGUAAAAUUGUGUUAUUAUUUGUCUACAGAAUUGUUGAGUGAAAAUAAAAUGGGGCGCUCAUCCAAAGACAAACGAGAUAUAUAUUACAGGCUUGCGAAGGAGGAGGGCUGGAGAGCGAGAAGCGCCUUCAAACUCCUGCAGCUGGAUGAGGAGUUCAACCUUUUUAAAGGUGUCAGUCGUGCUGUGGACCUGUGUGCGGCGCCUGGCAGCUGGAGUCAAGUCCUGAGCCGUAAACUCCGUGGAAAAGACAAGAGUGAAGAGGUCAAGAUUGUGGCAGUUGACCUGCAAGCAAUGGCCCCUUUGCCAGGGGUCACACAAAUUCAAGGAGACAUCACCAAGAGUUGUGGCUCAGUGCAUGAGAAAACUCAUUUUGAGGAAGCAGCUUUUAAAGAUAGAUUUCUACAGCACAGGAGAUUAUUCAACAUUUUGAAGGACAGUCUGCAGACUUGGUCGUAUGUGAUGGUGCCCCAGAUGGUUUUUUUCUGUAUAGUUACUGGUCUUCAUGAUGUAGAUGAGUACAUUCAGGCACAGCUCCUGUUGGCGGCUCUCAAUAUCACCACACAUGUUCUUAAACCAGGUGGCAACUUUGUUGCAAAAAUUUUCAGGGGCAAAGAUGUGACACUGCUGUACUCUCAGCUCAAGAUCUUCUUCAGCUCUGUAACCUGUGCCAAACCACGCAGCAGCCGCAACUCUAGCAUAGAGGCAUUUGUGGUGUGUCAGAAUUACUCUCCACCUGAAGGUUAUGUCCCCAACAUGUCCAACCCUUUACUGGAUCACUCUUAUGAUAUUGACUUCAACCAGCUAGAGGGGCCGAACCGGAUAAUAGUUCCUUUCCUUGCUUGUGGAGAUCUUAGUGCAUUCGAUUCAGACAGAACUUACCCGCUUCAGCUUGAUUGUAGUAAAGAGUACCAGUAUUUACCACCCACCCAACCUCCAAUCCGGCCUCCAUACCAGCAAGCCUGUCAGCUUCGCAAGAAUAACUUGCUAGCCAAAGAGGACUCGCCUUCUGGCACACUUGGUGAUUCCCUGUCUGCUUUAGAUCUCGAAACGAGUCCAGACACGAACAUGGACACACCAGGAACCUCCAACUAAUGGAAAUUACUGAUUUGCACAGCUUUUGUUAAAAUCUUUUCAUUGUUUUAUUAUGAUUGAUCACAAUUUAUUUUUAGAGUUUUAAGAUACUCUCAAAAAUGUGUUUUUUGUACCUUAUUUUAAAGUUGUCCCUAUAAAGGUUACUGUCCCAGUGACGAGCUGUCAUACCCAGAAAGGUACAAUUUCUGCACAUUUUAUUUAUUUGUAUUUUUUAAAUCAACUGUAGGUUGAUUUAUAUUUUAUCUUUUAUGUAUUUAAUUGUUUCUCUGACUUCUAUUACACCCAGAAUUGGCAAAGAUUCUUCUCUUUGAUUGGUCCUUUGCACAAGUCACAGAAACUACUUGAUUGAAUCUGAGCUUUGAACUGCAGUUCUACAUGUUAAUAAAACACAAAUAUACCAAAAACAGAGUUAGUUGUUUAUGCUCAAUACAGUGGUUCAAAUUCAUUUAGAAAAAAAGCCUGUCUAUAUAUACAGAAUUAAUACAAACAUAUUUUAAAAUCUCAGAAUGACUGCUCAAAUAAUGGUUAAGUGAAGUUUGGAAUACGUUCUAAAGCCUGCAAGUGGGAAGAUCUUGCUUGCUUAAUGUUCCAUGCAUCCAUUGUACAUUUUUAUAACUAGUAUUUGACACUAAGCAUAACCCACCAGCUU